GCAUUUGCAGUCUGGCUCGGUCCUUUCGACGAGAGAAAAAGUAGAAAAGUUAAAUAAAAAUAUUUGUGUAAUUGUCGUGUUUCAUUUACACAAAAAAGUUUAAAAAUGUGCGUAAAAGGUGUGAAAAUAAUCUGAAUUCGUUGAAUUGACUAAAGUUUUGCAGAAUAUAUUUUGAAAAAGUGUUCAUUUGUGGUUUUGAAUUGAAAUGAAAAUAUAGCUGAACAACAACAACAAAUCAGAAAACGUCGAGAUUUAUAUUUACGCAACACAUGUAACCAAUUUGACACAACUACAAUUGCGUGUGGUGUGGUGGUACCCUUUGUCAGCAAAUUAUCUCAGCCAACAACUGCUAAAAUAUAAACAAAAAUAAAUCACACAAGAAACUCAAAUAUGUACUUUUGUUGGUGUUUUUGGACUGUGUAAACAAUAUCGAAAAAGGUGCUAAUAAAGUGUAAAUAAAAAAGAAAUAAAAAACAUUGAAGAGAACCGCAACAAAACUUACAACUACGACAUCAUCAAACAAUUGUGCAGUUGGGAGCUUAAUACCACCUCUAUUGCAUUUGUGAACAUCAGCAUCAGCAGUCGACAGACGGAUAGUCAGUCCGUCACCCAGUCAACCGCAAACGACGACGUAUCGACCUCGUUCAUCUUUUCUAAAUAAAGAAAAUUGUUCAUUUGUGCGCCCCUAUGUCAAAUGAACGUGUUUGUGGGCUCGUAGCUCUGCAAUGUUGUCGUUGUUAUCCACAUCCAUUUUUGUAAAAGUUUAAUGCGACAACAGAAACAACAACAACAUCUAUCACCAGUAGCAGCAAAAAUAAACGAAAACCAUGCAGUUUCUUCAUUUUGAAUGAAAUGCAUAAUCCAGUUGCCUUAUUGUAUUAGCAAAAACAACAACAAAAAAACGCAGCAAACGUCAUCGUGUAAUUUAAAACGUAUUCUAAUAGCCUUCCCUUGCCAGUAUUCCUUAUUUUGUGAAAUAGAUUUUAUUUCCCACCCUCCUCAAAAAAUAUGUACUUUAAGAGUGAUAAUAAGUGAAUGUGUUUUUUUGUACAAUAAUUGUAUGAGUGUGUUUGUGUGUGCAACAUUAUUGUAAUAUCCGUUUUGUUGGUUGGCACACCAUACCAACAACCAUUUCCACUUGUUCUGAGCAACAAGAAGAACGGCAGUGUGCAGCAGCGCCAACAGCAGUGAUAGCUGCAGCAGUUAGCCUUAGCAUACAAUCAAUCAACAAUACCACUUCCAUGUCUAUACUACUACGUCCUUCAUCCAGUGAAAACUGCAAAUAACCUGCAUAUCUAUUGUUGUUGCUAUCAUUUUACUUUUUUCCCUUUGUGUUGACGUUUGACGUACGGCUGUCGACGUUCUCGUCAUCGUCAUCAUCAUCACCAUCAGCGCCAGUAGUGUUGCUUCAACACUACCAUCCAUCAUUAUUGUUAUCAACAUUAUCGUUUUCUUUGGCUUUGUGAGCGAGGCAUAUCCUUUCAAUACAAAGAUUUCCAAUGUCAAUGGCGGACUUUGAUGCAAUAUAUGAGGAGGAUCAACUGGAGGAGCACUAUGAAGAUCAAACAGUGGCGCCAGUACCAGAUCCCAUUGUUAUACGGGGUGCUGGUAAUAUGACAGUAUUUGGUUUGAGCAACCGCUUCAAUACGGAAUUUCCCUCUGGCCUGGUGUCACGGGUAGCACCUGAAGAAUUCAAAGCCACAAUCGGUCGAAUAAAUGGCAUUCUAAAGAAAACCUUACCCGUCAAUGUUAAGUGGCUGUUCUGUGGAUGUGUCUGUUGUUGUUGCACACUGGGCUGCUCAUUAUGGCCGGUGAUAUGUCUCAGUAAACGAACCCAAAUAACAUUGGAUAAAUUACUUGAGUGGGAGAAUAGUCAUUUGUAUCAUAAACUUGGUCUUCACUGGCGAUUGCACAAACAACAAUGUGAUUCAAAUUCAAUGAUGGAAUAUGUUAUUUCAAUUGAAUUUAUACCGAAAACACCAAUUUAUCGGCCGGACUAAAAUCCGGGUACCGGCAACGCGUCGGGCGGUUGAGUAAGUUUGUGUUUUUAUUUUUUAUUGUAGAUUUUUUCGUUUUUAUUUAUUUUUAUACACCACUAGAAAUAAAAUUGCGCAUAUGUAUGUACAUAACAAUAAUUAUAAUAAAAACAAAACAAAAAAGAAAGAAAAUAAACUAAAAUAUUUAACAAUUUAAAAUUAAAAUGAAAUAAAAAUGCUAACAAGUUCAAAUGUCCAAAAAGAUAUCUUUGUUGUGAUUGGCAUGGAAUAAUAAUGUAAAAAUUAAAAGAUACCCUUGUUUUGCGAAUGAUGAUAAGAGCAUAAGCUGAGUAUAAGAACAAAAUGCUAGAAGAUUAAGCUACACCCAACCCAUAUGUAUGAAUAAGAAUCAGAGCAGAACUACAUGGUUUUCUGUUAUUCUGCAAAUCGAAUUGUGAACAUGUAUUGAAGAUUGUACUAUAGAAUAUUAUUAUAUUACUACAUAUAUGCAUAGAUUGUGAAAUUGUAUUGUGAUGAAACCCCAUGAAAAGAAAAAAGGAAGAAGAUGAAGAUAAUGAAUUUUAUUGUUCAUAUUUUAAGCCGUUUGUUUUAUUUUCAAAAAAAUGAUGAGGGAGGAAAUUAUUUUAUGAGUUAUAUAGAGGAUGAGUGGAUUGAUGAAGUAAAGUUGCAAAUGAAUGCAAGAAAAGUAUUCUCGGAGUUGUAAAAGGUCUCAACAUUUAAUACCAUGUCAUUUCUGUUUGACUUGUUUGUCUGGAAAACGGAGGAGAAAAUAAGUUUAAGGAGACCUUUCUAAUAAAUUGGCUGAAAUUCAUUGAAAAUCUUGACAUUUAAGGGCAAUCUCGAGAGCAAAAUAAAGUUCAAACACGUUGGAGGGAUAUGGAAACAAGUACGUCCCAGAUGGAAACGAGUACACUUCCCAAUUUUAUAAUUGACUUAUAUUUUCGGGACGAAAGUCACUAACUUCCAGUUGCUUAUCUGAAGAUUGAGGUCUACCGUUUGUACUUGGCAAGGUAUCUGUAGUAGAAUUCUUUUAACACAAAGAAGGCAAUAAUAAUUUUAUUGAUGACCUGUAUAUUUAUUGAUGACACCGAAGUUGGUAGCUAUUUUUUUUUUCGCUUAAUCUGCAAACCGAUGAUCUUCGAUAUCAAAUCCUAUAUAAUUGUUCCUUAGAGUCAUAUCCUUUUUAGAGUCAUAUCAAUGUUUCUUUAAUAAUGGAUUUUUGUGUUAUAGUUAGAACCGGACCUCUAUCGUCAUCUAUUUGUGGCGAGACUUUAGGCAUUGUUGUAGGCUCACAUCAAAUUAUUUACUCGUACGAAAAAUCGAUGCCUGUGUGAUCCAGAAUGUAGUCAAGUAAAACUUCACCGGUUCCUGUAGGGUGAUGGGUGUGAUCCAAGGAUCGCAUUAGUCUUUACUGCUGUAAGAUUCUAUGCUGAUGCAAACAUAUCCAUUUUUAAUAAACAAGAUAGCUGUUGAGCGAUUUUGACAGAUAUUUAUAUUUUUUUCCAAUGGUAGAUGGCCCCGAUUUUUACAUAAUCCUUAUAAGCGUGCCCAGUAAAUUUAAGAUUUUCUGAAGGUAUUGGUGUAUGUAUAGUCACCGGUUUCGGUAAUCUUCUUGAUUGCAAGAAUCUCCGCCUAAAAGACGCUUCAAUUGUAAUUAAGCUUAUAUGAAUUUGAAAUCAUUGUGUUAGGGCAGAGGAGCAGUCUGUAUAUGAAGCCAGUCUGUCUAGUGGAGAUUCGCCAACAGUCCCCAUCAGGUAUCUAAACGUCAAUAUACUUGAAGUUAAGGUAAUCGUAUUACCUUCACCUAGUAUAUUCUGACUUUUUAUACGUCCAGGAUUUGUGAAGAGUGCCAUCCUCCAGCUUCAGUGCACUCCUUGCUGCUUAAAAUUGAGCUGGAAUACCCAGUGGCUUGAAAUUUAGCAGCACAUUCAAUGCAGAUUGAAGAGAGCUCUUUAACGCCCUGGAUUCAAUCGCAUUCCACUAGACGAGACACCCAUAGUUCGGAACAGGUAAGACUACUGUGACAUACAUCCAGUAGCCCUCAACUCUUCUCUAUGGCGUUUCUACAUGAAUUAAUCGCAAUGGAGCCAUUUUCGUACGCUCCUCGAUGUUUUUGCUCCAAUUCGCUGGUCCAAGAUCGUUCAACUCUGCAACUCCAUCCUCCGAAGGUAUUAGCUACACUUUUGCUUGGUUGUUCUUGCUGUUCUAUUGUUGUUUACGAUUACCUGAGGUCUAUGCGUCGUUUUGGAUAAUGGGAACGAUUGUAUACUGAAUAUUAGACGAGUAAAACCAUUUCGUUUCGCUUACCGGAUAAAGUAAUGCUGCAUUAAUACAUCCUCCAAUUCAUUGACUGUCCUUUCAUCCAAUUAGAAUACUUUUCUUGUUUUUGCACCACCACUCAAAUAUGAUUUCCAUUAAAGAAUUUAUAUUUUCUUUUUGUCUAGACGAUUUGCUGUAGUUUAGAAUAGUUAAAUAAAAAAAUUGAAGAGACUCAUUUCUAUUUCGUUAAAAUGGACUCCGCUUUAGAUUGGAAUUGAAUAUAACUGUCGAUGAUUUUAGAUUUGUAUUUUCUUUAUUUUUAAGUAAAUUUAAUCCAUAACUCAUUUAUUAUGUUUAAUACAUUUUUCUUUGUUAUUGUAAAUAUAAAAGUAAACAACAAAAAAUUGUAAAAAAAUUAACAAACAAAAAAUAUUAUCGAUAAUAAAUCAAGUAUUGUGUCGAAUAUUAAAA